ACCAACAUUAAAGAAUUGUUGAAGACAUAAGAUUAAAGAACUUGUCAAUACAAGAUGAAAGGCAAGUGAUUAAGAGAAGGUAGAAAGAGUAUAGUAUUGUCAUCGCUUAGGUUAGCAAUAGCAUAGAUCGGAGAUAAUGGAUGCGUCACAGUCACAUAGCAACAACCCUAAUCUGAAUCCGAUUCCGAAUCCGCUGGCUUCAUCUGUGCCGGUUUGGCCGACGAUCGACGGUUCACUAGGUCUGUCGGAGGAAGAAUCGGUGAAGUACGCUCGAAGAUUCUACAAAUUCGGUUUCGCACUUCUUCCUCUUCUUUGGGCCGUCAAUUGCUUCUACUUCUGGCCGGUUAUUCGACACUCCCGCUCCUUCCCUCGCAUUCGCCCAUAUGUUGUUGGGUCUGCAGUUGGGUUUACUCUUUUCUCAGCUGUUCUUUGUUCUUGGGCUCUUACAUUUUCCAUUGGAGGGGAACGCCUCUUUGGCCCUCUGUGGGAUCAGUUGGUUAUGUACAAUCUUGCUGAUAGGUUAGGCUUAGUAGGCUGGAGCUAGAUGGGCUUGGACCCUGAAUAGAAGAAAAAGAAUCACCUUCUUUACUGUUUGGGUGAAUCGAUGUGUAUUACUGAUACAAUUAACUAUGUAUUCUGCUAUUGAAUUAGUGUUUUUCGUCCUGGUUA